AUGGCCGGCAUUAAGACUACUCUAGUCCCCCCAGGCAAGCCCGAUGAAGCUUACCUGAUUCCAUAUCUCGAAGGGCAUGUUGCUGAUAUACCCUCUUCCUCCUCGGUCGUCCGAGUAAUGGUAACCGCGAAGGAGACAAAUAACACUUUUGGAUUAGUGACAUCAGGCGGUUCUGAAGGGUCUCCUAUUGGAUUCCACUACCACAAAGAUGCACAUGAUAUAUUUCUCUGUACCAAGGGUCAAAUGAACGUCUGGGCCAAUGACCAAGGCCGUACUCUCGAUCCAGGAGACAUGGCUAGUGCACCACCCACGCCAGAUACAAGGGACCCGACUAAGACCUUGUUUCCUCGUCUUAUGGAUCUACCUGGCAAACACGACUUUGUGCCUGUCCCAGAUCAUCCCGCUGCUGAAGUCACGUUCUGCCUGCCGACCGACAACAUUAUCCCAGACGGGCCAGAACCAUAUUUUCUCAAGGCAGACGCCGGUCCCAAUCACCAAGCCAUCACCGUCGUUGAGGGAGCUUUUAGGGUUGACGUUGGAGAGUAUGCACAGGAAGUCCAGACAGGCCAGACCAUUUUCAUCCCCGCUGGGAAUGCAGCUACCCUGGCGGCGACUACUCGUUAUGCAUCCUUGUAUAUAACCUGCGAUGGUGUUGGUUUCCCUGCAGCUCUGGAGGCUAUUGGAAAGGAAUACUCGGCUCCUGUGAUUUCUGUGGGUUUUGAUAGUGACCCUGACGUUUCGAGCUAUGCGAAAGCUUUCAAGUGUCUUGGUCUGCAGUAG